GCCAGAGCGGAAAAUACUCAUUGUAACGCGCUGUAAAAGCGUGCUGUACACCCAUGCUGCCUCCCUUUCUGGUCCUGCGAACCACAAUGGCCAGGAUCCUGUGAGCUGCCUCUCCGUGCAGACGCGCCUCACAGCAGCAGGAACAGCUGCAGCUCCUCGGCGGCAGAUUCGCUGACACCGACACGCAGGUGAAGGAAUAUGAAACGCUUCUGAGAUAAAGGUCAAUGUGGUCACUGAAGCCGCAAUCAAAGAUAGUUGUCAUUUGUCGUGGAUUUUUGAAGCCUGUCUCUAUAGCAACCCAUUUGUCCUCCUGAGCGCUGCUGCCAAGUUACCCUCUCUGCCACACGGCAAGUCUCUCCUCAUCCCCCUGUCCAAUCACCGUCUCUGAACUGCGUCGGUAUGGACACGGAGUCGACCCACUCUGGCUACUCCUAUCACUCCAGUCGCUCCGGGAGAUCAAACCGGCAUGGAGAUCGAAGCCGUGAGCGACACAAAGCCAGCAGCAGUAAAGACAGCAGCCGCUCGGAGAGAUCUGUGGUCAUCAAUCCCCCCGACACCCCUUCCCAAGACUCCCCAGUUCAUAACGGAGAACCGCUGCCUGGAGAGCCCACACCUGCAGCAGAACAAGGAGAUGAGGCGCAGGAUGAUAACUGGGGAGAAACCACCACCGCUGUCACAGGAACGUCAGAGCUCAGUGUUUCCCAGGAGGAGGUGGUGGGCCUGGGGAAAGGAAUACAAGACCGGACCCAAGGCUUUCGCCGUUACCUUCCCUUGGCUGUGGGCUCAUGCGUGGGGCUGCUGGUGCUCGCCACGCCCUUGGUGUUCCUGCUUCUACCAGCAGUAAUGUGGCCCGACAGACUGCAGGUCUGUGGUGCAGCCUGCGAGGGGCUCUUCCUCUCCAUUUCCUUCAAGCUCCUCAUCCUCCUGGUAGCUGUUUGGGCUUUGUUUCUGCGACCCAACCGGGCCUGCCUGCCAAGAGUGUGUGUGUAUCGUGCCUUCCUCAUCACACUCACACUCCUGCUCACUAUGUCUUAUUGGCUCUUCUAUGGGGUCCGGAUCCUUGAUGCUCAGGAUGAGGAUUACCACGGCAUCGUCCAGUUUGCUGUGUCCCUCGUGGACUCCCAGCUGUUUGUUCACUACCUGGCAGUCGUACUUCUGGAACUCCGCCAACUCCAGCCCUGCUACAGCGUGUGUGUCAUCCGCUCCACAGAUGGAGAGACUCGUCACUACAACAUAGGACAGCUCAGCAUUCAAAGGGCCGCUCUGUCCAUUUUGGAGUAUUACUACAGAGAUUUUCCACUCCAUAACCCGGCCCUUCUCUCUGCUUCCAAACACCGAGCUGCCAAACACCUGGCUGGGUUAAAGGUCUACAAUGUAGACGCCCCAGGGAAUGCAGCAGGGGCUCAGCCAAGUAAUGGAAAUCAGUCACGGGCUAUGGUUACAGCUGCCGGCAAACGUAAAGACAGCGCCCACAAUGAGCUGUACUACGAGGAAGCCGACUAUGAAAGAAGAGUCCGUAAACGUAGAGCCAGGCUGGUAGUUGCUGUUGAGGAGGCCUUCACACAUGUCCGCCGCAUGAAGAAAGAAGAUGAGCGUGCAACACCGUCUGACAUCAUGGAUGUGCGAGAGGCAGCUCUGGCUAUAUUUCCUUCUAUGGCUCGGGCCCUGCAGAAGUACCUCCGCACCACCAGGAGGCAACACUGCCACAGCAUGGAGAGCAUCCAGAAGCAUCUUGCUUUCUGCCUGGUCAAUAACAUGAGUCCUAAGGCCUUCCUUGAGGCUUAUCUCGUGCCUGGUCCAACCCUGCAGUACGGCCCCGAGCGCUGGAUGGCUGAUCAGUGGACCUUAGUGAGCGAAGCGUCUGUGACCAGCGGCAUUAAACAGGGGACAGAGUUCCUUCUGAAGUGUCUCGACUUUAGCUUAGCCAUCAGCAUCAAGAGCAUCCCUUAUAUCCGACUGACCGAAGAGUACAUCGAUCCCAAGUCGCACAAGUUUUUACUGUUGCUCCAAUCAGAAACUUCAGUUUAACAGUGGCAGAGUGGACGAGCGCUGCUGCUCUGGACUUGCAGAACUGUUGCAGUUAUCCAACUGAAUUUUUUCAAGAAAUAUCUUUUUGUACUGUUUUUUGUACCUAUGUUUAUGUAGUUUUCUCACAUAUAGAGUAUUUAUGUCUUUGUCUUUGUCCCAGGAGUCUUGAAAGAUGAUAAAAGACACAAAAUGAGGAGAAAUGCACUGAAAUGUCCUCUGUCGUGACAUUUGCAGAACACAGUUCAGUUAUGUCUCUAUGCACUACAGAUGACCCUCACAAACGUUUAGCUUCCUUUACGUGCAUGUGCCGGUGCGUGCCUGCAUAGGAGCGUUUGAGAUUUUAAGAAUGCAAAUGUGUGCGUUAGUGUGGUUUUUAUCGUAGUGUACACUGGGGUCUGUCUCUCUCCAAGAUAUUUAAUAUAAACUGAACCUCUCUUUUUUCAGUCUAAGCAGUUAUUAUUUGAUUGUCUUGUAUUGGAAAUGUAUGUACAGUAUUUAUACGUGAAUAAUACUUUAUCCCUACAGACUUUUUAUACCAAAAUCAUGUAUCACUUGAAUGAUUUUUUUUUAUCAUUUCAAACAUUUUUUUUUACCCUGUCUGUCUGCGCUGUACUUGUUACGCUAAUUGGACUGUAGAUAGACGUGUUUGUAGUUGUCAGAUCAUUCAAAGAAGUCUCAUGUACUAAAAAAAGCAGAGGAGGAAGACUGAAAAAUCAUAAAUAAAUUGAUUUGUUAAACAUAGUAAUUAAUAUUAAAAAAACAUUUAAAUAGGCCUUCAUUUAUAAAAAGGUGUCAUAAAUUUGAAUUUCUGUACUUAGCUGAUGAGACACAGCUAGGUUUGUUGUGUCCUGGCAAUCGGAUGGGCCAUGUAUUUGCACAGUGAAGCAGAAAUUAUAAAAAGAAUUAAAGCAGAUAAAUAUAGAAACCUGACUGUCCUACUGUGGGAGCGAUGGAGCCUGUCCCAGCUCCAAUACCUAAAUAAAGAAACUAAUAUCCAUUAAAAAAAUGUUUUACCACUUAUCCAAUCCAGAGUUGUGCGUAUGGCUACACCUGAAUACUGUUAGGAUAUUUCAUGUUUCAUCUUUCCCUCUUUCUUUCUCCCUUUUCUUUUCCCCAGUCAAGUCUGUCCCGUGUUCAGCAAAUGAAAAUAAAAUAAACAAUAAAAGCAAAGGUGAAUCAAAUAGACCAAUACGGCAAGGCUGGGAUGGUCCAGUUGGUAAAGUAAAAUUUUACCCACUGCUGUAUUAUUUCAGAACAUAUGGCCCUGAUUUUCAUCUCGAUUUGUGUUUUUUAUUAUGGCUCCAUGUAAUGUAAAUCUUGUUGGCCAGUGUCCUAUAAUCAGCCACAAGCUUAAUGCAACACACAACCUAAAGGAUUACCUAAAAUCAGAUUUCUGAAGAAUUUCAAAACAUUAAGUACUUUAUGUACAAAAUGAAUCGCUCACUCCAAAAUUCAUAUUGCAUUAUUUCAUGCUGCAAGCAUUCAAGAAUUAAAAAAACAAACAAAAAAAAACCAAUAAUAAUAACUUACUGUGAACAACUCAACUCAGUAUCAGUAUUUGUGCUGCCAGUAUUGGACAUCAGGGUGUCUCACUACUGCCACCUGCCUACAACUACUGGAACACUGUUCUAGGCAUCAGCUGUUAAUGAGUGAGGAUAUUUGAUGUGUAUUUUUUAAACUUUUUCUACUUAUAAGGCUUGAUGUGUUGUAAGUUUAUAUUUACGAGAGUGUUACUGUGCUUACAGAGGGUGUAGUUUUGUUUUGGACUCUUUAGGGGUGUUGGUGGUUGUAAAUACCUUCUCUUGUACGACUACACACGUGCCUGGUUUGACAUAUUUAGGAUGUGCUCAGCAUACAUGUGUGGUUUUUCAAGUUUGUGUGUUUCAGCAUAUGUGUGUGAGAAAGAAACUGAGUAAAACAGAAAAGAAGAAAACACAGAGAUCGCUUUCCCAAAUGUCCAAAUGUGAUGCAGCUGACAGGUCGUGAGUUGCCCCCGUCUCCUUUUAUACAGCAUAACAUUGAACAUUAAUGCAGCUGUGUCAAAGUCACAUUUGUACAAAAAAUAAAAUAAAAUAAAAAUGAAGAAAUAAAUAUUUGUACUGAUGUUUUCAGGGAAUUUGAUUGUUGUUCUACUUCCAUGUUGUGAUGAUUAAUAAGUGUAGUGGAGAAGUUUUUAAAGAUUUAACUACAUUUACGGUUACUUAGUUAUGGCUGCUACUAGAAGGGACAUUUGUGGCUCCUUUAUGUGGCAUCUAAGGCUUACAGUUACUUUGAUCUCAUAUUAUAUUAAUUAUGCAGCAAGAUGUGUAUAUUCUUCUAGGAGACGUUUGGCUAUAAAAACUUUAUUAUUAGUUAUGAUCAGUUAUCUGCCUAAUAAAUUGCUUUUUUGAGAUUUCCAAAAUAUUUCUUCUUUUAUGACAGUUGGUCUAACAAACUUGUUAACCAUACAUAUUUACAUACAAUAGUAGCACUUAUUAUAUGUAAAUAAGCAAAUUUCAUUUAAUUUGCUUUCAUGUAAAGUGUAUUUUUGGCACAAUUAACAUAAUAUGUUUGCAAUACCAUAAUUCCUUACUCAUUGCUACACAUAACUUUAUUUUAUGGACAUCU